AUGGAGGAAAUAGCAAAUUUAUGGAUUGUGAGUGCUUUUUUUAUUUAGCAAAUUAAAACAUGACCUGUUAUCAUGGUUGAAUUAAGGUUGUAUAAUUUUUGCGUAAACUUUAGGAGACAUGCAAUCGUUCAUCGUUGACUCGGCUUUUUAUGUUGAGCAUUUUGUUUUUUGCCAUUACCGGCUUUGUAAUUUAUCUCUACGUCUUCCUCAUCUCCAUUUAUGCCAUUAUCCGCACACUUCAUCGACGAUACAUCAGGGCGAAAUCAAUCCAAGAAAUGAGAGAACAACAAGCAGAGCAGUUCACCAGCUUUAUUUCCAAUUCGUCAAGCAGGAGGGGCCGAGAUUCGUCCUUGUAUCUGGUAAGUAUUGUCUAUUUUCAUAGUAUUUCUCUACUUCAGUUCCUUCGGAAUUGGUUCGCAUAUGACAAUGAUGCCUCGCCAGAAGUCCCAAGAAGAAUGCCGUCAAGGAUAAUCAUGAGUCCGAAGAGUUUAUUAGGGAGAAGUACGGGAUUGAGCACGAUCAAGAACGAUCGUAUCAAAAGAAGGGUAUUCGAAGAUAAUAAAGGAUUCGAAGAAUUGGUCUUCGAGAGCAGUAAAGCAAAUGAACAGACAAGGUAAGGCAAUCCCCGGAUCAUAUUUACUUAAUUUUUUAGAAUCGGAGAUGAAAACCCCUUCCUGAACGCAUACGAUCGUGUAAAUCUGUCUGUAAUUGAUGAAGUCGACCAUGAGUAA